AUGGCAGACACUACAGAGCCUAAAAGACAUGUGUUGAUGAUUGACAACUAUGACUCCUUCACUUGGAAUCUCUAUCAAUACUUGCAUCAAUCUAGUCGAUGCGGUAAAGUUGACGUUUACAGGAACGACAAGAUCGAUAUUGCAACAAUUGAAAAUGAAAUCAAGCCGGAUAUAAUAUUCAUUUCUCCGGGACCUGGACACCCAUUGACUGAUUCGGGUAUAUCAAGUGAUGUGAUUAGACACUUCAAAGGUAAAUUGCCAAUAUUUGGUGUAUGCAUGGGACAAGAGUGUAUUUUCGAUGUAUUUGGUGGUGAUGUAUCUUAUGCUGGUGAGAUUGUUCAUGGUAAAACCACAACUAUCAACCACGAUGGAAAGGGGAUGUUUGAAGAUGUACCGCAAUCAGUGGCUGUAACUAGAUACCACUCCUUAGCAGGUAGCGAAAAGACUUUGCCUGAGGUUUUGGAAGUCACGGCAGUUACUGAAACUGAACCAAAUGUGAUAAUGGGAGUCAGACACAAGACGUACACUAUCGAAGGAGUGCAGUUCCAUCCUGAGUCAAUCUUGACUGAGUCGGGGCAAUUGAUGAUUGACAACAUAUUGGGUGUAUAUGGCGGUACCUGGGAGGAAAAUAAGGUCCACAAAUUGAAGCAAAAGACCGUUACCCAUAAACCAUUUGCUACUAACCAAAACAUUUUAACCACGAUAUACAAGAAAAGGCAAGAAGAUUACGAAGCUAUUGAAAAAUUGCCUGGUCGUUCUUUCCAUAAUUUGGAAAUCGCCUUGUCAUUAGGUGUAGCUCCCCCUGUGAUCAACUUUUAUGAACGACUCAAAUAUACUCAAGAUGUUCUUAAGCAAACAAUCAUUUUAUCGGAGUUCAAGAGAGCCAGUCCAUCAAAGGGCGACAUCAAUGUCAAUGCUCAUGCUGGUACCCAAGCUUUAACCUACGCUAUUAAUGGAUGCUCAACAAUUUCAAUUUUGACUGAGCCAAAUUGGUUUAAAGGUUCAAUUGAAGAUAUGUCAUUGAUACGUCAAGUUAUCGAAAAUCCAGACACCAAAAAAGUUGCCAACUACAAACGUCCAGCUGUGUUGAGAAAGGAGUUUAUAUUCAACAAGUAUCAAAUUUUGGAAGCCAGAUUAGCUGGUGCUGAUACUGUUUUGCUUAUUGUGAAAAUGUUGGAUGAUUUUGAGUUGUUGCAUAAACUCUAUGAGUACUCAUUGGACUUGGGGAUGGUUCCCUUGGUCGAAGUCAAUGAUGGUGCGGAACUAUCACAAGCUUUGAAAUUGACUUACCGUAGUGCAACUAAGGAACCCUUGAUUAUUGGUGUUAAUAAUCGUAACUUGACCAAUUUCAAUGUCGAUUUACAAACCACUAGCUCAUUGGUAGAUCAUGCCAAGGGUAGCAACAAUGGACGCGAUGGAGAGGUUUUGGUGUUGGCUUUGUCUGGAAUCACUAGUGUAGACGAUGUGAAGAAGUACAAGUAUGAGGAUAAUGUUGAUGGAUUUUUGAUUGGUGAAAGUUUAAUGAGAGCAGAAGCUAAUGGGAAGGCUGGUGAAUUCUUGCAUGACUUAUGUACUUCUAUCUUGAUAAGUAACGGAUCAAUCAAACUAGAUUUAUCUUCAUCAGGAUUACAACAUGACGGCAGCAACGGCAGUAAUGGUGGUGGAAGUGAUGUGUUUCAAGUGAACAAGAACUACGAAAUUAUUGGCAAAGUGAGUCAUAAUCCAUCUGAUUUGAAAGUCCAUGUGUAUUCUAUUGUUGAAUUAUCUGAUAAUUUGAACUUCAACGCGGUGGAAAAAUUGGUCCAGUAUACUUAUAAAGUUCCUGAAUUGUUUUACCAAGAGGUGUAG